GACCCCGAUGAUUUCAUCACGUAAUAACCUUUAAAAUAAUCGUGUACAUGUAACUUGUGUUAAUAAAACAUUUUUACGGGACAUAAAUCAUAUAUAAUGAUCCGUCAAAUGAUCUGUAGAAUGAUCUAACGAAUAUGUUUAAACGAACUGAUAAAGACGACAAUAAUUAUUCCGCGGUACCUACGAAACGCUUGAAACUUGAUGGAUCGAGAUCUUCAUAUUCUGGUGCAAGAUCUAAGAGUGAUUCUUCGAGUAAACAAAAUGUACGUUUCGAAGAUGUAUGGGGCGAUGAUUUUGCGGAAGAAGAGAUCGAGAAAAUGGACUUUGUAGCAUCUCAAGCAUGUUUGCAUGAUGAUAAUAUUUUCAUUGAGUCCAAAGGAAAACAGAAUGCUCUUGUCACAAAAGAGAAUCUCCCAUCGACAAGUAAACAAAUAGUCUAUUCUACUAAUACAGAAAAUCCUAUUUCACAAGUAAAGACAUUUACGCAAGGUGAUGACUACACUGAUUUUGAAAAGAAAUUACUAUAUAAACAGAAUUAUAAUUCGACGUUUCAAUUAAAUAGAAAUAUCACUAUAUCUGAUAAUAAUGAACAUAAAGAUUUAGAAAAAGAAUUAAAUAAGUUAAAGCUAGAAAGGAAUAAGUUAUUGAAUGACUUUAUAAUGAAAGAUGGAGAAACAGUUUUCUUGAGAAAUCAAUUACAGCAAACGCAGGUACGUGCAGAAAAUGAUAAGGUAGAGAAAAUGCAUUUGAUCGAAGAACAGGCUAAACAACAUAGAACAGAGAUUAAUCAAAUCUUUAAGGAAAAAGAAGAUUUAAAAACUCAGCUUGAUUUACAAGCUUUAGAGAUAGAAAAACUUUUGGAACGGUGCAAGUUGUUAGAAUCUGGACAUAUUAAGUUGGUUGAACCGCAUACUGCUAAUACGAUGUCACCUAAUAUUAAUCGUAAAAUUAAUAUAAAGAGUCAUUCAUCGUCUAGUACUAAAUGUACAAAAAAAAAAGAUGCUGAUACUCAAGUAUCAAACUUGUAUCAUAGAAACAGUCAUUUUUUAAGGACAUUGAUAUUUCAUUAUCCCCUUUUGAAAGUUCCAUCACAAAGUUUUGAACCUGCAUUGCCAGAAAAAUCUUUAGUUGAAAUUCAAAUAACAGAAAAAAUUGGAAAACAAAAUUUACUCAUUUUACAAGAAGAGCAAACAUUUAGAAUUUUUGAAAAUCCUGAUCUAGUAAAACCCGUAAUCACUACGAUAAAUGGUAGGAAAUUAUCUUUAGAAUUUGUCUUAUCUGAUCUUGCUACAAUCAAAAAUAAGGCAAGCUCAGAAUUGGAUUCUGAUGCCUGUAUACCUAUUAUAAAUAAAUUAGUUUCAACUUCAAGGGAGUUGAUUAUAAAUACAAUAAUUGUUUUGCGAACUAUUUUUCAUGCUAUGAAAAAUGAUGACAUCAGAGAUAUGAAUGAUCUAUAUUUUUCUGAUGUUUAUAAAACUCCAAUUUUUUAUACCAAAUCUACGUGCGAUGCAAAUGCAUGGCAUGAAAAUGAACACGGAAUAGAAGCUAGAAGAAUUUUUGGCAUUUUAUCGCAUAUUGCAUCCGAAUCAUUUUAUCUUAGUAAUUACAUAGCAGGACAAACGUCAUUACUUGUAAACGAAGAUACAUCUUACGAGGAAUAUUCUAAAUAUAUGAUACGUUAUAAUUCUUGGGAUAAAAGAGGUCUAGAUUUUGAAAUGUUAGAAAUGAUUUUACAGCUUGUAAGUUCAAUAGGACUAGUGAGAAGAUCUCAUCAAUUUAGUGGCCUUAUAAGUGCAAUUGCAGAGCUUUUAUGUAAUGUAUCCAAAAAAGUUGGAUAUUGCGAUAGCGGAAUAGAUUUUGUUUUUGAGAUAUUUAAAGAAUUAGUGUUUUCAAGACCCCUGUCACUUUGCUACGUUCCAUUAACUAAAAUGAUGACGACCCUUAUUAAUUAUAAUACGUUUCUUGAAAAUAUUUGUACAGAUCCGCAUAAUAUGGCUGAAAACAUCUGGGAAGAUCCUUUACGUUUUACGUCAGAUGCUUGUAUUUUGCAAAUAUUUAUAAGACAGAUUGAAAAUGUCGACUUUGAUCUCAUAACAACAAUAAACAUAACACAUUCAUUACUAUCAUUUAUACAAACUGCAUUACACACAAAUGCUCUUCUUGUAAAAACCGGAAAUUCUUGUAAUUGUUGUAUGAAACUUUUAAGACUCAUCAUAAAAAUGUUAUGUCGAUGCUCAGAGGUGUCUUUAGGUAAAUUACAAUUUGAAAAUGACCUAUGUAUAUCCAAUGAUGACUUCCUUCCGAUGAAUAUAGAUUAUAACUUCACGGAACGAUUGAACAAACAGUAUAUACAUUGUACUGAAUUGAAGAAAUAUGGUAUAAAAGAAUACAUGAAGCAAAUGUAUCCAAAGGAUCGAUCAGACAAAAAUUAUUGGAUUAAUAUCAAAAGAAAACAAUUAACUACGAUGAGAGAUGGAAUUAAAUUUUUACGACACUUGGCAACGUGUGAUCCAGAUUUCAUGAUACGAUUAUCGGAUAUCGAAGAUUCGUUUCAUUUAUUUAUGAAUAACAUUAGUACGUUCGAUAAUUUAAUCUUACAUGAAAACGAACGAGAAGCUAUAAGUCUCAUCAAAUCAACAUUCAUAUUCGACAAAACGUUACUACCUGAAGGUCAAACGAAUAAAAAUAAAGUCAAUCUAAAUGAAUUAAGCAUUGCGACGAAUUUUCGAAAGGAAUUUUCUGAUUUUGCUUCGCAAGAAAUGGUAAGGAAAAAUAGUAAUAUAGAGGAUUGUCAUAAUAUAUUCGUAGCGUAUAAGAGUUUGUACAGUAAUAAAAGUAAACAAUAUUGAAAUCAUUGUAUGUAACAAAGAUGGAAUAAUUAGAUGUAAAAGAAUUCGAAUAUAUUAAAAAAAUUUCGAUA